AUGGGACAGAGUAACAAUGUAACAGAAUUUGUCCUCCUUGGCCUCACUCAGGAUCCUAGCAGGCAAAAAGCAUUAUUUGUUGUGUUUUUACUCAUCUACAUUGUGACAAUGGUGGAUAACCUGCUCAUUAUGGUGACUGUCAUUGCCAGCCCAUUGUGGGGUUCCCCAAUGUAUUUCUUCCUUGCUUAUCUGUCAAUCAUGGAUGCUGCUUACUCCACUGUCAUCUCACCCAAGUUGAUUAUAGACUUGCUAUAUAAUAAAAAGAAUAUUUCCUUUCUAAGAUGCAUGGGCCAGCUCUUUAUGGAACACUUAUUUGGUGGAGCUGAGGUGUUCCUUCUGGUGGUGAUGGCCUAUGAUCGAUAUGUUGCCAUCUGUAAGCCAAUGCACUAUUUGACCAUCAUGAAUAGACAAGUUUGCAUCCUCCUGUUGGUGGUAGCCUGGGUUGGAGGUUUUAUACACUCUGUGGUUCAGAUUAUCUUUGUGUACAAUCUCCCUUACUGUGGUCCCAAUAUCAUUGACCACUUCAUCUGUGACAUGUACCCGCUAUUGGAACUUGCCUGCACUGACUCCUACUUCAUAGGCCUCACUGUGGUUGCCAAUGGUGGAGCAAUCUGUAUGGUGGUCUUUAUCCUUCUCCUAAUCUCCUAUGGAAUCAUCCUAAACUCUCUUAAAACUCACAGUAAGGAAGGGAGGCACAAAGCCCUGUCAACCUGCAGCUCACACAUCACUGUUGUUGUCCUCUUUUUUGUUCCCUGUAUUUUUAUGUAUAUUAGACCUGUUUCCAACUUUCCUAUUGAUAAAUCCAUCACUGUUUUUUAUACAAUUAUUACUCCUAUGUUAAAUCCUUUAAUAUACACCUUGAGAAAUUCAGAAAUAAAAACUUGUAUGGAAAAACUCUGGUGUAAAAUGUUAAAUACAGAUAGGAUACAAAUUUCUCCUUGCUAG